CAUCCCCUGUAUGGCAAAAGCCACGUCACCUCCGAAGCUACUCGUCAGCUGACACCAGCGGGGCUUCCGGAGACACCAAAAAACCCCGGACUCUGGUCUCGUGUGCCAGCCUUCAGUCGUCCUUACAUCGAGGUGGAGCGGGAAGAAGGCGAAGUGUAUCUAGAUGCACUGAAGUAA